UAAUCAAAUCAAUCCACAACGUCAGUGUGUCAGAGAAGAAAGAAGCUGACUGGAAAGAGGGAAAUUAACUCAAAGAAAAAAAAGGAAAGAACAAACGAAAAAGACGGUGGUGUAGUAGUAAUUCUACUGUAUAUAUAUAUAUAUAUAUAUAUACACACACCUCCCUUUCCGCGUUUAUCUCUCUAUUUUCUUUCUUCUUUCUCUCAUUAUUCAGUCUUCACUAUGACGGAGCGUUCUUCUCCCGAAAUGGCUCUUCGAUUAGAUUUUAAGCAGUUACAGUUUGAAGCACAGCAUCGAUGGUUACGCCCUGCAGAGAUAUUAGGAAUUCUCAGCAACUAUCAGAUGUUUGAAAUCUCAAAAGAACCGCCUACCCGGCCACCGAGUGGAUCGCUUUUUCUUUUCAAUCGGAAAAUUUUGAGGCACUUUAGAAGGGAUGGAUACAAUUGGCGAAAGAAGAACGAUGGAAAAACUGUGAAGGAAGCUCAUGAGAAGUUGAAGGUGGAAGGUAGCGAUAAGAUACACUGCUACUACGCCCAUGGAGAAGAUAAUGAAAAUUUCCAGAGGCGAAGUUAUUGGAGGCUUGAACCGGAUAUGAUGGAUAUAGUAUUUGUCCACUACUUGGAUGUUAAGGUUAACAAGAGCAAUGUAGGCAUAAGUACAGAUACUAAGGAGGUUACAUCAGAUUCCCAAAAGGGCAGUUCUACGUCAUCUGGCUUUCCUGCAAAUUACGGUAACAUGCGUUCAAGAAAUAUGGAUUCCAUGAGCCCAACAAGCACUUUAACUUCUUUAUGUGAAGAUGCUGAUUCAGAGGAUAUUCACCAAGCAAGCUCAGUGUUUCGCACCUUUCAUGAGUUGCAUAAUCCGGGAAAUGGUCCACAGACGGAUAAGAUUGGUGCUCAUUCAAAUGGUCCAAAUCUUAUGCACCCCUUUUCAGGAUCAAAUUACCUCCCACUUGUUCAGGGGGGUAAAUUCAAUUCAAACGAGGGUCAGAGAGCACUCGACAUAGGGUCCUGGGACAAUGUCAUGGAUAAAUCUUCAGGAACGCAUACCGAUCCUUCCCCUGUAUCAUCCUAUUCUUUUCCAUCAAGUUCAAUGUCUGUCUUCAAUGAAGGAAGUGGCUCACAGUCUCUACAAUCAAAUUGGCAGAACCCUUUUGAAGAAAAUGCGGGCGGAUUUCCAAAGUGGAGCUUUACUCAGUCGUUAAGCAUGGAAUUUGAAUCUAACUAUUCCGCUGAACUACUGGGUUUGGGUAAAGAAACUGGUUAUGCAAGUCCAGAAAUUGAUCCUGACCUAUUUUCUUUUGAUUUUGAGCCAAAAGAGCAGUCUGUGCAUCAAAACUUGCACACGGAGCAUGCUUCUAUGAAUGCUAAAGAGAGCCUGACGAAGGUUGACAGCUUCUCUAAAUGGAUUAAAGAAUUUGCAUCAGUGGAUGAUCUGCACAUGCAGUCUUCCCCUGAUAUUUCAUGGGGCACGGAUGAAUGUGGAAAUGUGAUAGAUGAUACCUCAUUGGACCUGUCUCUAUCUCAAGACCAGCUGUUUAGCAUACAUGACUUUUCACCUAAAUGGGCUUAUGCUGAUUCAGAAAUUGAGGUGUUGAUUAUUGGAACAUUUGUGAAUAGUAGACCAGAGGUGACAACGUGUAACUGGUCCUGUAUGUUUGGGGAAGUGGAAGUUCCAGCUACGAUUUUAGCUAAUGGAAUUCUGAGCUGUCAAGCUCCACCUCAUGAGAUUGGACGGGUUCCUUUCUACGUAACCUUCUCCAAUAGAUUUGCUUGUAGUGAAGUUCAGGAAUUUGAGUACAAAGAGGGCUUUACCAGAAAUGUAGAUUUGGCAGAUUUUUUUAACAACUCAACUGAAAUGCGACAUCAUUUGCAUCUGGAGGAGUUACUUACUUUGGAUUCAGUGCAUCUUUCAGAUCAAGUUCUUGAGGUUGAUAUGGAGAAAAGUAACAUGAUUCAUAAGCUUAUUUCACUAAAAGAGAAAGAUGAAUAUUCGUGUAAUGAAGAGCCAACUGGAGAGAUGGAUAUUUCAAAACACAGGUUGAAGGCACAUAUCUUUCAUAGGCAGGUUAAGGAGAAGCUGUACUCAUGGCUUCUUCACAAAGUAACUGAAACUGGUAAAGGGCCUCAUGUGUUUGGUAAAGAUGGGCAAGGUGUACUACAUUUAGUUGCUGCUCUUGGUUAUGAUUGGGCCAUAGCACCAAUUGUAACUUCUGGAGUUAAUAUCAACUUCCGUGAUGUGAAUGGAUGGACGGCUCUACACUGGGCUGCAUCAUGUGGCAGAGAGAGAACGGUUGCUCUCCUUGUCUCCAUGGGUGCAGCUGCUGGAGCGUUGACAGAUCCAUGUCCAGCAUUCCCUUCAGGAAGAACGCCUGCAGAUCUUGCUUCUGGUGAUGGCCAGAAAGGAAUUUCAGGUUUUCUUGCCGAGUCAUUAUUAACUAGCCACCUUGAAUCACUCACAAUGGAUGAUGUGAAUAAAGAUGGCACAAAAGAAACUUUAGGGAUGAAAGCAGUACAGACGAUUUCAGAACGAAUUGCAACGCCUGUGCACUGGGGAGAUAUGCAAGAUGCUAUAUGCCUUAAGGAUUCUCUUGAUGCUGUCCGUAAUGCUACACAAGCCGCUGAUAGAAUACAUCAAGUAUUUAGAAUGCAAUCAUUUCAAAGAAAGCAGCUAGCUCAGUAUGAAGAGGAUGGUGAGGAGUUUGGAUUGUCAGAUCAGCAAGCUCUUUCGCUUCUAGCUUCUAAGGCAUCCAAAUCUGGACAUGGGGAGGGUUCAGCCAAUGCUGCUGCAGUACAAAUACAGAAAAAGUUCCGUGGCUGGACAAAGAGAAAAGAAUUCUUGUUCAUUCGUCAAAGAGUUGUCAAAAUCCAGGCCCAUGUAAGAGGUCACCAGGUAAGAAAGAAGUACAAACCAAUCAUUUGGUCCGUGGGAAUCCUGGAGAAGGUUAUAUUACGGUGGAGGCGUAAGGGCAGUGGUUUACGUGGAUUUCGAUCAGAUGCCAUUAAUAAGGUCCCCAACCAACCAACCAGCCUUCCCGAAAAGGAGGAUGACUAUGAUUUUCUCAAGGAAGGGAGGAAACAGAGUGAACAAAAGUUUCAAAAGGCCCUUUUAAGGGUUAAGUCCAUGGUUCAGUAUCCAGAAGCUCGGGCCCAAUACAGGCGUCUGCUAAAUGUAGUGGACGAUUACCGUCAAACCAAGCAGACAUGUAAUCUGAGUUCGAUAAGUUCGGAAGAGGCAGCUGAUGGUGUGGAGGAUUUGGUUGACAUUCAAAUGCUUUUUAAUGAUGACAACUUUGUACCUAUGUCAUUUGAUUGAUCCUUUGUGGUGGCUACUUCUUUCCUCUCCUGUUAAUAGACGGCCCGUCAGUUUUUUUUUUUUUUUUUUGCUUGGAUCGUAGGUUGGGUAUAAAUAGAUUGUGAAAAGUAGAAUAUCCAUUCAGUUUUGACAGUUCAAAUGCUGAAAUCUAGACAAGAUUUGGUUUUUCUUUUUAUAUAUUUUGAUAUUUAUAUAACAUAGGGUUUGAAUAUACUUUUAGCUAUUAAUUAAUAUACCAAUUUUUUAUUCA